AUGGCGGCGGCCGGCGGGAAGCUGGGGCAGGGGCAGGACUCCACGCGCUUCGUCUACGUGACGCGCUUCGGCUCGCACCGCUGUGGCGGCGUCCUGCGGCUGGGCGGCCGCCGGGCCGCGGGCCGCUGGGGCCCGGGGCUGCCGGCCGGCGGCGGCCUGGAGGAGCCGCGCGCGACGGCGGCGGCAGCGGCGACCCGGGACGGCGAGGCCCCGUCCCCCGGCUCCGAGCCCAGGGGCCCCGCGGCCUCGGCGGCGGCGCGGGCGUCGAGUGCACGGAGCGGCGGGAAGUCGGCGGCGCGCGCAGGUCUAAUCCAGAAGACUUCAGUUAAAAAGUAUGAUUUUCCCAUACCUGUCAAUGAAGCUUCCAAAAUAAUGAAGAAAAAGAAAAAGGUGUCCGCGUGGAAGAAGGUGCACAGACUCAUUUGCAGAAUGCUCCAAGAAAAUGAAGAAUACAGACUCAGGCUCAAAGGCCAACGGCUCUUUAGUGAAAACUCAGACUGCACAGGAUGAAUCUCCUUAUCAUCUUCUGGACCUGUACCAGUUGCCGGGCUCCUUGGUCAUGUGCUGUCUCCUCCUCUGUCGUAUCGAAGUCCCAGGUGGACCUGAGACGGUAGAGGGAAAGACACAGAGAGGUCUGCCCAAGGUCAAGCUCCGUGGACACCCCCUGCUUCUUCCCCCGGAGGCGGAAGGCCCUGUUUCCCGUCCAGGAUGGUAACGGUGACCACGGCCGUCGUCUUGGGGGAGAUGAGACGGCGCUUCCUCACCGCUCCGAUGACAGCCCGCAGAGUGGGGUGACUCGGAGCUCGCCUGAACGGCGCCAGGAGGAAGGGCGGUAAAAUGAGUCACCGUUUCUCCUCCCUCUGCCUGCGAUCUCCUUACUCCGAGGCCGGAGCAGUGCGGGGUUGGUGGUGACCCGUUCCCCCGUGCCUGCUGGGCCAGCCCACCGUUUCCAGCUGAGGGGCCCGGGGCCCGGGCCAGUGACUCAGGCCUUGCUUGCCAUGCGGUGUCCGUCCGUCCGUCUGUCCAUCCACAGGCCUCCUGGCAGGAGGGUCGUGCGUCUUAGGAAUGUGCUGGGUAAA